AUGCGGCAGGGCGGGCGCCGCGUGGCCGCGUCACCGCCCGACGCUCCGCGCUGCCCGCCGGGCCCCGCCCUGCCAGCCACAAGCCCCGCCCUCCCCGCCGGCCGCGUCACCGCGCGACGCUCUGCGCAGCCCGCCUGGCCCCGCCCACCCCGCCGGGGCUCCGCCCCCGUCUACAAGCCCCGCCCGGCCUGGGCCGCGCUCGCCUGGAGGGGCGGAGCUUGGGGCGGGGUCUGCGCCCGGGGGCGGGGCGUCGGGCGGGCCCGCGCGGGCUGGUCCAUAACGCUGGCAGACACUAGGAUGCUGGGUCUUCGCCCCAAGGCCUGCCCCUCUUAA